AUGUUAAGUAGCUGGAAUAUUAACAAUUUUAUAUGUUUGGACAUUAAUUAGUUAUCCAGUUUAUUAAUUUCCUAAACCAACAGGAAAAUAUAGAACUUGUUAUAAAUAAAUAAAAUUGAAUGAUAGUUAUUCAACUGAUGCAUCUGUUUAUUAUCCAUGUGCAGAUAGAAAAUAAGAAGAUGUUUCAUAUAAAUGGUUGCCUAAUCAUAAAUUUGCUAAAUAAUUAUAUGAAAUAUCAAUUCUUUAAACUAAAUGGGUUCCAUCAGAAUGGAUAUUCGAUGUUGCAUUAAGUUUUCUAGAGUAAUUGAAAUUAUUAUAUUUAUCAAUAGUUUUAUAACUUUUAGAGCAAGUGAAGAAUAACCAUUAUUAAAUAAUGAAUUAGAUGUAAUAAUAUUCAGUCAUGGAUUUUCAUAACAUAGAAAUGCAUAUACAGCAUUAUGUUAAUAAUUAGCAAGUGAAGGUUAUAUUGUUUUUUCAUUAUAACAUUAUGAAUUAGUCUAUCCAUGGGAUAUUAAAGCUACUAAAAUUUAUAAUACUGGCAAUUAUCCAGAAAUCAUUGAAAAAUAUUAAAAAAUUAGAGCAUCUCAUUUAGAAUGGAGAACUGAACAAAUUUCACAAUUCAUUUAAACACUCAAAACUAAUAAAAUUAAAGAUAUUUUCUUUGAUUUUAAACCAUUAUCAAUAAAUUUAAUUGGUCAUUCAUUUGGAGGUGCAUCAGUCCUUAGAAUUGCUUAAGAAAUUGAAGUCAAUUCAGUAAUUGCUUAUGAUCCAUGGUUAUUCCCAUUCACUUAAUAAUAAAUGCAUAAAUAACUUAAAUCCAGAACUUUAAUCUUAAGUAAAGAUAAAAAUAGAAUUAAAUAAGAAAUAUUUGAUCCUAAAAUGCUUAAAGACUUUUUAGAAUUUAAUAACUAAAUUGAACAUUAUAAAAUUAAAUCUUUAGAUCAUAUAUAUCCUGUUGAUUUAACUUAUAUUAUGGCUGCUGAAAUGGUUUUAUUUGGAGAAUUAAGAAAUGAUGACAACAUAUUUUCAAUCAAUAAUCUAAUUCAUUCAUUAACAACCAAAUUCUUAUAGUAAAAACUAUUCAGUGUUCAAGAAAGUAAAUCAUUUUGUUGA